UAAUGUUUAUUUUCGAUGUUAUUAGUGAUUCAAUUAUUGGCAUUCGUGCUGAAAUUAACGUGGGAAACUCUGCGGAAAAUGUUGAAAACAAAAAACCGAGUUAGAGGCAAGAAUAGUAACAAAGAACCCACUUUAUCUAGGGACGAUCGCCUGCAACUGCACCAGCGUAUAUCACAAUUCUUAGCCGGCUCUGAUGUUGAAUUGGUUAUUCCGGGAUUAUCCAAUGUACAACGAAAAUAUCUCCAUAAAUACAUUGCACAUCUUGGGUUAUUAUCACGAAGUUAUGGCCCCGAAAGCAACCGCGUACUUCACAUUACACAUCGCAAACGUUUAAAAUCUUUGGGACAUGUACGUAAGCUGGAAUUAUCGGCGGCUAGCCGUUCCCUUCUUGAAAAGUCACUACCCGUAUUUGAAGCACAUAUGAUUGAUGCAAAUCGUGUGCAACAUCAACAAAUCUCAAGACAACAACUUCAAAAAAAAAAUCGUCUGCGGAGUGAGUCGUUAUUAAUUGGAUUGGGAUCACGCCUUGUACCGUCGCGUGCCAAUCGCAUAAGUUCUGAACUUUACCGAGAUAAACAGGAGCUCCCUAUUUACCUAUAUCAAGAGGAAAUACAUAAUAUGCUAAAACAACAUGCUAUCUUUAUCAUCAGUGGGGAAACUGGCUCAGGCAAAACCACACAAGUGCCGCAGUAUAUUUUGAAUGAUAGUAUGCGUAGAAAUCGUCCAUGCCGUCUUGUGGUAACACAGCCGAGGCGAGUUGCAGCUGUUUCUGUUGCCCACAGAGUGGCGGAAGAACGGGGUGAACAAAUCGGUGAUACUGUUGGUUACCAAAUACGAUUGGAAAGUCGUGUUCAGAAAACUACUAAUUUAAUCUACACAACAAGUGGCUGUCUAUUGCGUUCGAUAAUGGCUGAUGCGAAAGAUUUCUUUCGUAAAGUAACUCAUUUAAUAAUAGAUGAAAUUCAUGAACGUGAUAAGUACACAGAUUUUACACUUAUAACCAUUAAGGAACAGCUAAAGCGUGAUAAAGAUCUUAAGGUGAUACUUAUGUCUGCCACAAUGGACAUUAGUUUACUUUCAAAAUACUUCAAUGAUUGUCCAGUAAUGAAUGUGCCUGGACAAGGGUUUAAUGUAAAAAUUUUCCAACUUGAAGAUAUACUUUAUCGCACCGGCUAUCGAACGGCUUUAAUGGAGAAAUAUUUGCGUUCAAUGAAUGAAUCAAAUUCACCACAAUAUGCAAAAUUGCCAGCUAGUGUGGAAAACAAUUCCACUUAUUCAACUGAAAACCCAGCCAAAUUAAGUGAUGUGUAUUUGCAAAAGGGCUUAGAUGCAAUUAUAGAUCAGUGUUGCCUUGAAAACUUUCGAUGUGAGGAGGAACUACUUGCCUUGUUUGACCAAAUGCAGUAUUUUAUUGAAAGCGAAGGCAUGCCUGUAGAUGCCGCGCACUCACAAACAGGUAUUACUCCACUUAUGGCAGCUUGUAAAUGCAACUACGCAAAAUAUGUAGAGCUAUUUUUAUUUCAUCAGGCCAAUGUCCACCUCCGAGAUGCGAGAGGGCUAACUGCUCUUGAUUAUUCGAAAAUGCAUUCGGACGAGACCUGUUUAAGAAUACUACAAAGUUCGGAUGUUGUUUUAAAGGAGCAAAUGCAAUUAAAGCAAGAACUGGAAAACAAACAACGCAUUUUGCUUGCGUAUCAGCAACAGUUCAACGACGAAAAUGAAGUCGAUCACGAUUUGAUUCUGUCGUUAUUGGAAGGUCUCUACCGGAGUCCUCAUCCUGGUGCUAUUAUGGUUUUUCUACCAGGUUACAAUGAUAUCGUCCAGCAAAGGGAUCUCAUCCAAAGCACUCUUCCUGCUAAUACAUAUCGAAUUUGUAUUCUUCAUGGUCAAAUGGAUUCACAGGAUCAAUUUGAGGCACUACAAAGGCAUACAGUGCGCAAAAUUAUACUUUCCACAAAUAUUGGGCAGACAUCAAUAACAGUACCCGAUUUGGCCUACAUUAUCGAUUCAGGAAAGGUUAAAAUGAAAACUCAUGACUCAAUCACGGAGUCAUCGCAGCUGCAGUCGGUGUGGAUAUCCAAAGCAGAUGCGAAUCAAAGAUCUGGCCGUGCCGGUCGCACUCAGAAUGGGGUGUGCUACCGAUUGUAUUCCACAGCAACAUAUGAAUAUAUGCCAGAAUUCUGCAUUCCAGAAUUCAUGCGUAUACCCUUAACUGAAAUUUGUUUAUACGCUAAGACGCUGGAUCGUCAAAGUGAUGUUUCAACAUUUUUAGCAAGGGCUCUAAAUCCGCCUUCAAGUGUAAGUGUGCAAAAUGCGGUAAGAAAGCUACAAAUGCUGGAAGUUUUCAACGAUGAUGAAAGUGUAACAGAGUUAGGCCGACAUUUGGUAGAGAUUCCCUUGGAUGUACAAUUGGGCAAAUGUUUACUAUACGGAAUUUUUUUUAAAUGCUUUGAUUCCAUAUUGACUAUUGUCGCUUUUCAUUCGGUAAAAGAUCCUUUCAUUUUACCAACGGAUCGCGCAGCUCAAGGUCAUGCCUCGUUCCAACGAAAAUCAUUUGCAGGGAAGACUUUUAGCGAUCAGCUGGGAAUACUUUCAUUGUAUAAAUCUUACUGCUCAGUACGUAACAAUAGGAAACGUGUUCGCGAGUUUUGCAAUAAAUACUAUCUAUCGCAAUCAGCUAUGGAAGUGUUUUGUGCAACGCGGCGUCAAAUUGCUGAUCUGACAUGUCAAAAAUUUCGUUUGGGACAACAAGCGUCCUUAUUUAAUGAUGACUGGAAUAUGGUACGUUAUUGUUUGGCUGCUGGUUUCUACCCUAACGUAGCAGUAAUUGAUCGCCAAAAAGGGACGCUUAUUUCGGGAGCAGAAAAGCAGUUACUACUACAGAGAACAUCGGCGCUGAACCCACCUGGCAUGAAAAACUUAAAAGAUUUUAUUGACGAACUCCCAUUCGAUUGGGUGAUAUUCUUUGAAAAAUCAGGUGUUGGUAGUAAAUGCUCGAUAAAUAUGAACACCGUAGUUUCGCCUGUGGUAAUUGCUCUUCAAUGUGGUCGAGAUUGUGUGCUGGAUGAAGACGCUUUGGACGACUCUAAAAUUUCAGAUAACGAAGAGUCAGUUUCUGGCAAUGCAACUGUUGAUUCAAAUGAAACAUUUAACGAACUGAUGACAAAGGUUGAAGCGCUUUCCUUACCAGACCCCUCUGAAAUUAAUAACCCAAAAGCUAUAAUGUCUAUAGAUAAUUGGAUAAAAUUUGAGUUGCCUACCAAUGAUGCAAACAUGCUUUUGCUGCUGCGUAGCUUGAUAAAGUCACAAUUUGAAAUAUUUUUGCAAAGUGGUAAUUCAAUGCAGGCAUCAACGUCAGUUUAUCAUGUUCAAAAGCUUCUCUACAGUUUAGAAAAUAUUUUUCCAACAUAAAUUGGCUAUGAAAAAAGUUUUCUUGGAUAUUUUUCUUACAAUAAUUUUAUAUCAAGUUCCGAUGUGGGUAACGAAAAUAAGAAUUGGCAACAUAUUAGGAGUCUUGUAUUAUGAUAUUUUAUAUUGUUUUUUGUUUCUUGUAACAUAUCGUAGAUGCAAACAUUUUAUUGAUCGGAUUGCAAAGUAUACAUAUUUGGAUGUUUAUAUUAUUUAUUUUUCAAUAUGUACAUAUUUCAUCCCAUAAAAAUUCCAAAUGCUACACUGACAGAAAAUUUCUUUUUUUAAUGUAAAUGGGCAGCAAGCAGGAAUAUGCCUAAUAUAACAUAACUUAUUGGACCGAUUAAAAUGAAUUUACAAGAACUUAA